GGGAAGGAGGGGACGCUCGUAGAAAAUCUGACGUUAGCUUCAGUAGAGUAGCAGCCAGGCAAUUACAGCAGCGACGUAUCUAGGGAGAGGGUGGCAACCGAAACUAAUCAAAAGGGCCGUCCAGCACCUGAACCAUCAAUCGGGUUUAUGAGUAAAGGCGAUCAAUCAGCCUGCACUUAACCUUCGCAAGAAACGUGGAAGUGUAAUUCACCGUCAACGUUUUUUUUUUUGACUUAUUAUCGGUGACAACAUGGCUGAAUGUAACAUUAGCAUCGACCAGAAAAAACUACCUGGAGUGAAAGAGGUGUGCAGAGACUUUGCUGUGCUGGAGGACCACUGCCUGGCCUAUAACCUACAGGAGCAAGAAAUUGAGAGCCACUUGGCGUCCAACGUCCAUAAGAGCCGUCUGGUGCAGAAGGACCUGCAGGUGGCCAAGAAGCUGCAGGAGGAGGAGGAUAAGAGGGCCAAGAUCCAGAGCCAGAAACAGCAUGUUGACAUUGAGCGCCAAGAUAACGAGAUCGCUCAGGAGAUUCAGGAACAACUGGUCCGACAGGCAGAGCAACAGCGACAGCAAGAAGAAAAGGAUGCGGCCAUAGCUCGUAAGCUGCAGGAGAGGGAGAUGAAAGACGAAAGGAAGAGACAGAAGCAGCUGGAAGCAAACUUUGACGAGGAGUACUUUGAGGAUCAUGGAGCUGCAAGAAGACCUGUUGAUUUGGACAAACACACUCGUCACAAAUCAACUUCCCCAGGCCGAUAUGAUCCGUAUGCUCCAGUGAGCUCACAUCGUGAUUACUCCCCAGAUUAUACCUCAAUAGAGGCCAAAAGGAGCAGGUAUCCAAGACAGGACCCAGCAGCACCCCAUAGCCACCCCAGAUACCCUGAGCACCACCUGGUGGCGGAGGGAGGGCGAAGCAGGCAUGCAGAUCCGUACCCAGAGCAUCUGCUCUCCUCCAGAGGCAAGCAUGGGGACAGGUACCCAGAGUAUGAACCCGCAGAGAUUGGCAGAGCCACAGGCCUGGGAUGGGAGGACACUGAGAGAGUGGUGAGGAGGAAGGAAAGACCAGCCAGACCACCUCAACCACACAUCCCCAUAGAGAGAGACAAGGCAUGGGACAGAGAAAGGGACAGGCAACGUGACCGAGACAGGGGCAGGGACCUGGAAUGGGAGAAGCAUAUGGGAAAAGACCAGAGGAGAGACAGGGAGCAGGACCUCAGGGGGGCGAGAACAGGAGGAAGAGACAGGGAAAGAUCCAGAGAUAGAGGACACACUGGGGACAGACACAGAGAGAGGGACGGGCAAAGACAGAAAGACAAAGACAGAUCAGGAGCAAGAACCAGGAGCAGGGACACAGAACUUGAUCAGGCUUAUUUGGAGCAGGGUCAUAGCAGGUCGAGGGAGGGCAAGGCUUCCUGGUUGGAGGAAGAGGAGGAUGGUGAGAGGGAGAAGAGAGCCAGGGGCCAGCAGCACUUCCACUCUGCCUACGAAGACGUGUUUGACGAGCCCAGGAGCGACGAAGGGAGAGGGGUCGCCAAGGAACUCUGGGACCCUCGGCAGCGCGAGGGUCCUGGCAGGGAACGCAUUCAUACUCACCCCAACGGAGAGACAGGUCGUAUUGUGCACCGAGGGAGUGGAGCAGUAGUAGCAGAAACUGAGUAUGGGCUGAGCGAGGCCACCAAGGGGUUGACGAAGCUGGAUCUCCGAGAGCAGGAGCUAAAGGACAUGGAGGUGGCCAGGAAACUGCAAGAAGAGGAAAUCAAGGUGGGGAAGGAAGCUAAAAAGGCAAGCAAGGUGCAUAUACGUGCAGCCCAAGUGGCACAGGAUGAGGAAAUGGCUCGACUGCUGAUGGAACAAGAGAAGAAGGAGUACAGGAAGAAUCGAGAACGGGAGAAAGAGAAGGAACGAGAGAGGGAGAGGUUGGCCAUGGAGAAGAUGGCAAUGGAAAGGAGGAGGCCAGAGGGCGACAACAGGCCAAAUUCAGAGGAAGUCGUCCGGCCCAGAACACGAGAUGAGUAUGAAUACCAGAGGCAGAAGAACCAGAACAAGCCUGCCAGGCCUCCUCAGCCUCGUCCACACGACUAUGAGAAUGUGAACCCUGGCUUCGGCUACUCAGACAACCCUGUCCCCCCUCGUGCUCCCACGAGACCUGAGGCUGCUUACAAAGGUGCCUAUUACAAGCGGUGACUCAGGCUCUCUGCCAUGUCCAGACAUACUGUCAGUUCUCCUUCGUCCUCUUUUUUUUUUUUUUUUUUUUUUUUUUUAAAUUCAUCUUUGCUUUCAGCCAUUCACACUCUGUUGACCAAAAGCCUUGGAACAAUCUAAUGAGUUGGCAAUGGUCUUUUCUUUUUUAUAGUACCCUCCAAAGUUGGCCCAGGGUUAAGGAAGUGGGUCUGUGAGUGCUGGAACCACACUCAUCUUUUCCUUUUUUUAAUUUGUAAAUUGUGAUAAAUAUUAUUUCUUUUAACUGACUUGACAUCAAGACAAGCCAAAAGAGCAGCCUUGUGACAUAAACUCCCAUGGUUCUUAGCUGUUGAAACAGAGGAACUGGCUCCUCAUUUGCUGUGCUCAUCGUGUUCGUCCCAUCUGUGGACCAUGCCAUCACAAGGGCUCGAGGCCUCUGCUGGAUAUAACCAUGCAAUCUCAAAUUUCCUCAUGACUCCUCAUGGGACGUGCCUGUCUGGUCCAACAUGGAUGCUACAGUGUCUUAGAUACCAACAUGGCAGCUGCUUUGUAUCACCCGUGCUGCAGUUUUAUUUCUUGUCAUCCUGUUCAGCGAGGCUACGCAAGUCCUAUCCAUGUGCCACACAGCGUAUGACUCUGGAGGGAUACGUUUCUGUUGCUGUAUUCAAACAAAACAAAAAAAUAAGCCUUUUAUCAAGAUGCUGGUAGUUUUGGCUUUGACAUGUUUACCACCUUGUUCCAGUAAAGAGGAGGUGGAGCUUUGUGAUGACCCAUGGACAUUUAAUUGGCUGUAGGCUGUGUCUUCUUCUGCUUGUGAGGGGCACUUUGUUUUUAACCCUGUCACCCUUCAACUGAAAGUGGAUGGAUGAUAUUCUGUGUAUGACUCACUGUUUCUAUGUGCAUGCUUACUGAAAGUGUACAACUGUGUACAUGCAUUUCAGCUCUAUAUCAAAUUAACUGGCUCCCUCUUCUUUUUUGUCAGAAAGGGCUAAAGCCACAAAAAGCCAAUAAUCUUCUCUUUGUGAAUGAACAAAAUAUGUGCUAGCUCAUAUACUGCUGUUCAAUGUAUCACUUUUCUAUUUCAUAUCAGCUUGUCAUUUACAAACCAAAACUGGCUCAUGAAAGAACCAGAAAUGAAAUGCAUGUACAUUGCUGUGUCAAACCUGAAUUCAUGCUUGUGCUUAUGGCACAGACAUUGUGCAAUUGAAUAUGUGCUUGCUUUAUUUAAAUGUAAAUAUACGUUGUUUUUUUGUUUUUGUUUUUUUAAGCUUGUGUUACCAAAUUAUGUCUUGUGGAAAAUACAAGAUUUUCACUUCAGUCCUAAUAUCUUGUGUCCCACUAGUUAUUGUUCAGAAAGGGAGCCUUAUAUUUUAUUUUUUACACAGAAUCUUGUUGGUCUUUCCUCAGAUUGUUCCCAUACUUUCUAUACCCCCUAAACUUUCCCACUGUCUGUUCCAAUCCUCUUCUCUUUGUUUCAAACUCAAAGGCAGACAUCACUUCCUGCCUGCAGAAAAGGCAAACAUUCCCACAAUAGAAGUGCAUCUGGAUGGAGAGUAAUUCAGUCACAAGAUUAGCUGGAAAAACUAACACAAACGUAUUAUACUGCUCAAAGGGACCUAUUUUACUGUUUUUACUGCUGCAGAAUCCAUUAUUUUCUGUUCAUAUUGAAUAAGAAUCAUAUGGAAAAUGAAGAGCACAUUUAAGCUUUUGAGUUUACUGAAAUGUUUAUAUAAUGGCAUCAAACUGAUUCAGUCUUUGAACAUUGAGGUGGACUCGGCUGGCCUCAGUGCUACUUCCAUGUGUUCACGUUGUAAUAAAUGUUGCUGAAAUUAUAAAUCAGCUUCUAAAAUGAUUCCCUCCCUGUUCAGAGAAAAUGUGUAGUUUUCUUUGCCUAAGUGUGAGAUGUUUGUAUUGCUGAGCACAUGCAGCAAUACAUACUGGUGUUAUUGAAUUGAUAAUGUGCUAAUGGCUGUUGACAGAAGGGGAUUUGUGCCAUAUGUUUGUCAUUUUUUCAGGGACUUGAAAAGGGGAAAAGCUUCAAGUUGUUGUGGUUGUAGCAGAACUACCACACCCACCAAGGUGGGACUCCUAAUUUAUUCUGUGAUGAGAGCACCACCUUGUGGACUUGUUGGCAAUUAAAAAAAAAACAAAACUAAAUGAAUCUAAUCAGGAUGCGUCUUUGAUUGUGUAUUCGUGGAUGUUGUGAAUCAGACUUUAGAUUCGAGUGCUGUCUACAUCAAACAUUGAGUGUUAUGUUUAUAAAUUUUCUUUAAUCCAGGGCUUGUAUGCAAUCUACCAAUCACGAAUCAACACAUAUGUGUUGGCACUUGCUGUAACAGAACUUCUUCUUUUUUUUUUUUUUUAAGUAAAAUGAAUUAACCAGUUGCUUUUAAUUAUAGCAUUUCAAAAUGUAAUAAACUGUAUCAGCAUUUCCACCGUUUA